GGAAUAAAGGGAAGGGGACGAGAAACACCUCCAAGAAAGUCUUUCAAAACUGAAUGCCUGGGCUGCACCGGCCUGGCCUGGCCUGGCUGAGGGGAGGUGGCGGGAGGGCGCUAUGGCGGAGCCUGGGCCACAGGCGCCGCCGCCCCCGGGCACCCCAAGCCGGCACGAGAAGAGUUUGGAACUUCUCACUACCAAGUUCGUGUCGCUUCUGCAGGAGGCAAAGGACAGUGUGCUUGACCUCAAGCUGGCAGCUGACACCCUAGCUGUUUGCCGGAAGUGGCGGAUUUAUGACAUUACUAAUGUGCUGGAAGGUAUCGGGCUGAUGGAGAAAAAAUCCAAGAACAGCAUCCAGUAGAAGGGCGUGGGGCCUGGCUGCAAUACCCGAGAGAUUGAGGACAAGUUGAUUGAGCUCAAGGCAGAGAUGGAGGAGCUGCAGCAGCGAGAGCAAGAACUAGACCAGCACAAGGUGUGGGUGCAGCAGAGCAUCCGGAACAUCACAGAGGAUGUGCAGAACAGCUGCUUGGCCUACGUGACUCAUGAGGACAUCUGCAGAUGCUUUGCUGGAGAUGCCAUUCAGGCCCCGUCGGGCACCAGCCUGGAGGUGCCCAUCCCAGAGGGCCUCAAUGGGCAGAAGUACCAGAUUCACCUGAAGAGUGUAAGUGGCCCCAUCGAGGUACUGCUGGUGAACAAGGAGGCAUGGAGCUCACCACUUAUGGCGGUGCCUAUGCCGCCACCCGAAGAUCUGCUCCAGAGCCCACCUGCUGUCUCUCCCCCUCCACCUCUGCCCAAGCCUGCUCUGGCCCUGCCCGAGGAUGCCUCACGCCCAAGCAGUCCCCAGGUGACCACCCCGAACCCUGUUCCCAGCAGCACCGAAGCCCAGGGGGUGGCCGGUCCAGCAGCUGAGAUCACGGUGAGUGGUGGCCCUGGAACCGAUAGCAAGGACAGUGGUGAGCUCAGCUCCCUCCCGCUGGGCCUGACAGCACUGGACACCCGGCUGCUGCAGUCCUCUGCCCUGUUGGACAGCAGCAGCAGCAAUAGCAGUUCAACCGGACCCAACCCUUCUACCUCCUUUGAGCCCAUCAAGGCAGACCCCACAGGUGUUCUGGAGCGCCCCAAAGAGCUGUCAGAAAUCUUUGAUCCCAUUCGAGAGUGCAUGAGCUCAGAGCUCCUGGAGGAGCUGAUAUCCUCAGAAGUGUUUGCACCCCUCCUCCACCUUUCUCCAUCCCCCGGAGACCACGAUUACAUCUACAACCUGGAUGAGAAUGAAGGUGUCUGUGACCUCUUUGAUGUGCCUGUUCCCAACCUCUGACUGACAGGGGCAUGCCCUUUGUGGCUGGGACACAGACUGUCUAACCUGGGGGCUGCCUGGGGACCUCCCCCCACCCCACGCCUACACAGCUUAAGAGCCGCAGACUCCUGGCUUCCCCAGCCUUCCCUCACUGCACAGUUCUGGCCACAGGUCCCACUCCUGCACCAACACCUGUUCUGUGCUGGGAGAGCAGGGGAAAGGGGCUUAGCCCACUCCACUGUGGAGCCAAAGUGUUUGCCACUCCUUUUUUGGGGACUUCCCCUAUCUGGUAGCCUCCCCCCGCCCUCCCAGAGUUCAGUUUCAGCUGCCACCCAGUGGCACAAAUACAAGGACCCUCCAUCACCCUCCUAGGGCAGCUCAUCCAGCCCCAUCGCCCUGUACCUGCCAGCCCCUCCCCCUCCAGGAGGAAGCAUGGGGUGGGCUGGGCACUUGCCAGCACCUAGCCUAGCCUCCUUCACUUCUCCCCAUGCGGAUCACACAGAUCCUCUGUACCGCUCAUGUGCCCCUUUCUGCUGGACCCUUGGCCCUGAGAACCUGCUGGGGGCGGGGGGAGGAGCAGGUUGCUAACAGGAGGAAUGGAGAUCUCUAGCUAGGAAUCUGGGUGGGAGAGUCCCUGAGGAUUGGCCCAGCCUCCGUCUGACCUGCAGCUCCACUCUUGUUUCUUGGGUUUUUUUUUUAAUUUUUUGAAUUUAAUUUUAUUUUUUUAUACAGCAGGUUCUUAUUAGUUACCCAUUUUAGACAUGUUAGUGUAUAUAUGUCAAUCCCAAUCUCCCAAUUCAUCACACCACCACUAUCCCCCUCUGCCUCUUUCCCCGCUUGGUGUCCAUACAUUUGUUUUCUACAUCUGUGUCUCAAUUUCUGCCCUGCAAACUGGUUCAUCUGUACCAUUUUUCUAGGUUCCACAUAUAUGUGUUAAUAGACGAUAUUUGUUUUUCUCUUUCUGACUUAAUUCACUCUGUAUGACAGUCUCCAGAUUCAUCUACAUCUCUACAAAUGACCCAAUUUCGUUCCUUUUUAUACCCGAGUAAUAUUCCGUUGUAUAUAUGUACCACAUUUUCUUUAUCCAUUUGUCUGUCGAUGGGCAUUUAGGUUGCUUCCAUGACCUGGCUAUUGUAAAUACUGCUGCAGUGAACAUUGGGGUGCAUGCAUCUUUGUGAAUUAUGGUUUUCUCUGGGUAUAUGCCCAGUAGUGGGAUUGCUGGGUCGUAUGGUAAUUCUGUUUUUAGUUUUUUAAGGAACCUCCACACUGUUCUCCAUAGUGGCUGUAUCAAUUUACAUUCCCAGCAAAAGUGGAAGAGGGUUCCCUUUUGUCCACACCCUCUCCAGCAUUUGUUGUUUGUAGAUUUUCUGAUGAUACCCAUUCUAACUGGUGUGAGGUGAUACCUCGUAGUUUUGAUUUGUAUUUCUCUAAUAAUUAGUGAUGUUGAGCAUCUUUUCAUGUGCUUCUUGGCCAUCUGUAUGUCUUCUUUGGAGAAAUGUCUAUUUAGGUCUUCUGCCCAUUUUUAGAUUCGGUUGUUUGUUUUUU